CACUGAACCACUUUACUGGAGUAAAAAAUUAAUUAAAGGCCAGUAUUCUACAGAGGGAACAAAGGGCGGCUCUACGUCACGUGGGGGAUUACAAAGGAACGCCGUGGGGGGUAUGGCCGGAUGGGGAGAAUUACAUACAAUUUACUAGUAAUUUCCCUUGUCGGGUCAUAGCUGAACUCCGGUUUCCGCAGCUCUCCCAUUUCUCGCCAAAAUGGCCAAGUCCAGCAUGGCAGAAUGGGAACGAUUCAAACGGGUCCGAAGGAGCACACUUGAGUGAAUCCGAAACACAGCGGAAACACUUGUAUCCGGGGGCGAAGCUAUCUCAAAAACCUUCUUUUAGAUCGGACGACUUGCAGAUACUCUCGCUUUCACUUCUUUUACUUAUGUUUAUAUAAGGAGGCUCAUAUACCUGGGUUGAACCACAAUCUGCGACUACAAGCUGCAACAAUGGCCGGUUCGAAAUCUAAAGCCCCCGCCGUGAAGGCGCAACAGAAACAUGGAUAUGAGUUCGCUGGACCGCCCGGUGCAUUCGCCAUCUCGUUCCUCCUUCCGAUCGUCGUCUACAUCACCAAUUUCGUCUGCAACGACAUUUACGGAUGCCCGAUCCCCUCGGUGCUGGACCCCAAGACGUUGACAUGGGACAAGAUCAAGACUGAGACUGGAUGGCCAGGAUGGAAUGGCAUUGUGAGCUUCGAGGCUACUGGCUGGGUGUUGGCAUACUAUUUCCUGAGUUUGGUGCUGCACAGAUUCCUUCCGGGACAAAUCGUUGAAGGAACUGAACUGGCUAUUGGAGGACGCUUGAAGUAUAAGUUCAAUACUCUUUCCUCCUCCAUCUUUACCGUCGUUCUCCUCCUCGCCGGUACUAUCGCGCAGGGCGCCGACUUCCCAGUCUGGACCUACAUCUGGGACAACUACACCCAGAUCGUCACCGCCAACAUGCUCAUCGCCUUCACCCUCGCAACAUUCGUCUACAUCCGCAGCUUCAGCGUCAAGCCCGGCAACAAAGACAUGCGCGAGCUCGCCGCCGGUGGCCACUCCGGCAACAUGCUCUACGACUGGUUCAUCGGCCGCGAACUCAACCCGCGCGUCACCCUCCCCAUCUUCGGCGAGAUCGACAUCAAAGUCUUCUGCGAGCUGCGCCCAGGUCUCUUUGGCUGGAUCCUCCUCGAUGUCGCCUUCAUCGCGCACCAAUACAAGACAUACGGCCACGUCACCGACUCCAUCAUCCUCGUCACCCUCUUCCAGGCCCUCUACGUCUUCGACUCCUUCUACAUGGAACCCUCCAUGCUGACCACCAUGGACAUCACCACCGACGGCUUCGGGUUCAUGCUCUCCUUCGGUGACCUCGCUUGGGUCCCCUUCAUCUACAGUCUGCAAGCGCGCUACCUCGCCGUCUACCCCCUCACCCUCGGCCUCUCCGGCAACGCCGGCGUCCUCGCCAUCCUCAGUCUGGGGUACUACAUAUUCCGGAGCGCCAACAACCAAAAGAACCGCUUCCGCACCGAUCCGUCUGACCCGCGCAUCGCGCAUCUCAAGUACAUGGAGACGGCCUCGGGGUCAAAACUCAUCAUCUCCGGAUGGUGGGGGACGGCGCGCCACAUCAACUACCUUGGCGACUGGAUCAUGUCGUGGGCGUUCUGUCUGCCUACCGGGAUAGCGGGGUACCUUGUGCAGCAGGGCCCGGCGCUGUUGGAUGGCGAGACGGGAUUCUCGCGCGGGGAGGAUAGGGUGGUGCAGGGGGGUGCGAGGGGGUGGGGAAUGGUGAUUUCGUAUUUUUACGUUAUUUACUUUGCGAUUCUGUUGAUUCAUCGCGAGAGGAGAGAUGAGACGAAGUGUAAGAGGAAGUAUGGGAAGGAUUGGGAGGAGUAUAAGAAGAUUGUGCCGUGGAGGAUUAUUCCAGGGAUUUAUUAGGGCACUUUUACGGGUGUCUGGGGGACGAGGAGGGGUGAUAAUACGGACAAUACGGAGAUGUGUAUAUAGUAAUUGACAUGGUAUAUUGCAUUUGCAGGUUAAUAAUGGGGUCAGCAUAAAACGGGUAGGUCAAGAGACGUAUCAAAAACAAUAAUAAAUUAUUACCACAGACA